AUGGAGGUCUACUCUACAAUCCUGUGGCACCUCAAACGCGAGACUGAUCUCUCGUUUUUGGCCCACGAGCUUAUCGACUCGGAAUGGCUGGCACCACAAGCAUGGUGUACGCUAGGCAAUGCAUGGUCCUUGGCAAGAGAACCGGACCAGGCGCUGCGGUGCUUCAGACGGGCGACUCAGGUUGACCCCAAGUUCGCCUAUGCCUUUACGUUGCAGGGCCACGAGCACGUUGCGAAUGAAGAAUACGAAAAGGCACUGGGAGCGUACCGACAGGCAAUUACUGCCGACCAGCGCCACUACAACGCUUACUACGGCAUGGGCAAGGUGCAUGAGAAGCUAGGCAACUACGACAAGGCUAGGAUCCACUUUCACACGGCGUCCAUGAUCAACCCGACGAAUGCAGUGCUCAUUUGCUGCGUGGGCAGUGUCCUUGAAAAGCAAAAGCAGAUGGGCUUGGCACUCCAGGCCUUCACCAAGGCCACCGAGUUGGCACCACGAGCUGCGCAGACUCGGUACCAAAAAGCUCGAGCUCUCCUCGCUGUCGGCCAGCUCGAAGCCGCGCAGAAGGAACUUUUGAUCCUCAAAGAUUUGGCCCCUGACGAGGCAAACGUGCAUUUCCUCUUGGGUAAGAUGUACAUUCGCACUGGCGAGAAGCAGUCGGCCGUGCGACACUUCACAGUCGCUCUCGCACUGGACCCGAAGGCAAGCCCACAAGUCAAGGAGGCGAUUGAAAGUAUAGAGGACGAUCAGGGGAUGGAAGACUCCCUCAUGACAUGAGGCCUAUUCGAAUUUUGUUAUGGGAGCCGUACCUCAAAAGGUGUGUCACUACAUUGGCAGUAAUGGUUUGGGAAGCCGGCGCGAUCGUCGGUUGCAUGGUGUGGCAUGACUGGGCUGGGAUCGAAGAGAUUAGACUGGUCUCCUCAUUGCGGGGAGCGGUGCUAUGGCACCGCCAGUACGACGGCACGACAUGACGUUUCGACGACGCAUGGCAUGGUGCGGCGUUUAGGAAAGCAACGAAAUUCCAAGGUGGAACUGAGGGGCGGUUGGGUGAGCCACAUUGCGGGCAGUUGGAGGGGGUAACAUGCUUUUCAUGUACACAUAUACCAAAGCUCAGCAUCCGCAGAAAGGUGGAUGCCGGGAAGACGCUUACCCCUACGUUCAAGAGUAUGGAAUAAAGUGCCUAUCGACGCUUGCCAA